CACACUUCUCGCGGCUGGACGGCUGUCAGCUCACAGAAGAUGGUGGCGGCUGCGGCCACUGUGUUUGCCCGCCGCGCCUGGAUAGCGCAAACAACACUGCGUGCAGGUAUCGUCGCUGCUGUUGCGCACAGAUAAUGGUCAGAUAACGGAGAUAAGACAAUCUCAUCUCUAUGUGGACGAUGCAGGGAAUGGAAAGACUGGACGAUGAAGCUGCCUUAAUCCAUCCUGUUUGUCUUGGAUUAAAAGGGAAUCAUUUGGCGGUGUGAAGAUAUUCUUUUGUGUAUCCCGUGCAAUUCAAUUAAACGUGGCUGGAGCAAGGCAGCACUCUGCUUUGACCUGUGGGACUGUUGGUGUGUGUGGUUGGGGGGGCGUGGAGGGGAGGUGGAGACCUUUUAAUUAGCCCGACUCUCUCCGGGCUUUCGUCGUCUGCCAUUUAGAGGGGGGGUACUGAGCUGCCGUGCGCAAACUUUACUGAAGAGAAAAGGAAGGACUGGAAGACACUUCAUGUUGUCUGCUCAGGGCUGCAUUUUCUUUUUCUCAGCUGUCCCGUUGACACAGAAUAGACAGCCGGGAACUGGCAUGGUCAGGAUAUCUGGGCGAUCCGGAUACUGUCUUAGGGCGCCGUAUCAAUGAUCUGGCGACAUUUGGUGUGACUGUGGAUACCAAAGCAAUACCGAUCAACACAGAGCGUAAGACUGGAUGGUGCAUAGGCUUGGAGGAGCGUGUUUACACACGAGUCACUGACAGUUGCUCUUGCAAUACAACCCUCGUGUCUCAUGCAUUUGUCUCCUGCAGACCUCCGUGCACACGACCCCCUCUGGGUUUUGGAGACGUGGAGACUCCGGAGUUGAAAGUCAGGAAAGGACGGGGCUCUGUCCACGGAAAUAGUCACGAUUAGGCCCUGCAGCAACGAUCAUGUGGGUAUGAAUGAAAGGUCCGAUGGCAGUUUUUGCGCUCACGCCCCCCGUUAUCUGGAGUUGAUCUGCGCCUUAAAAUUAAAUGCUGGCAUUUCCGAUCAAGACGGCAAACAGCAGACUGCGAGUCAUAGCAAAAACGCUGAGGAGGAUGUGGUUUGGAUAAAGUUUUGCUCAGACCUGUAAACAAAACGUGGUGGAGGCAUAACUCAAUAUUCCCCGUGGAACAGAGUCGAACGGAAAACUGUAAUUGGGUAAGCGGGAAUGGACAUGCACCAGAAAUUAAAGUAUAGUGACUGCAGCAGGCUCUUUUAGAAACCACGCAAUAUCACAUUUUAACUGCAAUUGAUAUUCCACACUUACUCAUACUUACGGUGAUCUCAACUUCUCAAGAACCCAUUAAAAAUAUUGUUUUCUUUUUUAAACCUUUUUCCUUUACGCACGCCUAAUUUGUAAUUCUCGUAAUUUCCCAAAUGUUUUUCCAAUGAGUGAAACAGUGUCUAAGCAGCAGAGUGGACCUGGACUGGAGCAGAGCAGGCAGCGAGUGAACCUUGCAGUUUCAAGUGCGUCAAAACAGACGGGAAUGUAGAGGAAUGCAGGGAUUGACGUCAAGAGGGGCAAUAAUGAACUAUUCAAAAUCUUUGGAAGGUCUGCUGCUGUUUCUACAGCCACUACACUGCUAACUGAGUGGAAGUCUAUCUGAAAACGUUUUUGUUUGUGCUCUCCUUUUUCCAUCUUUAGGAGCUAACAAUCAUUGCCCUAUUGUAAUACAGUUGGAGCAUACUUUGCCUUACUCCUAUAUCUUCAUUGUCUUUAAAAUAACUCUCCGUUCUGCAUAGUCUUUGAUUUUGGAUAGAUUGCAAAGUAACAUGGCGUCCCCCCAACAUCAACAACUGCUGCCUCACAACACAGAAGUGAGCUGUGACUCAAGUGGAGAUGGAGGCGUCUCAGUGAAGAUUGGCAGUAGUGUCAAACACAAGUACGGAGGCGGGCCACUGGGUUCAAUCGGGGGAGGCUUCAUUGGGGGAUCCAAGCACUGCAAGUACAGCAUUUCCUCCAGCUGCAGCUCUGGAGAGUCCGGAGCCAGGAGGCCGGUGGUCAAGAGCUUUCGCACACAAAAGAAGAUGCCUCAGCUUUUUGAGAGAUCUGCUGGUCAUUUCUGGGACCCAAAGUUUGACUCUUCGAUCCUCGAAGAGGCCUGUAGAGAACGGUGUUUCCCUCAGACCCAGCGACGAUUCCGCUAUGUGCUUUUUUACCUGAUUGCUGUGGGCCUCCUUUGGGGAUUGUACUUUGCUGCCAACCCUUCCCGCUGUGACAGGACUGCCUUUCUCCUUCCCACUGCGUCCUUCCUUGUUUUCUGCCUCCUUCUCUUCCUCUUAACUUUUACUAAGCUUUACUCUCGAUGCUACAACCAAGCAUCUCUGCUGCUCAUGCUUGUAACCUUCAUCCUGACCCUUGCCCCCCAGAUCCAGACAUCAAGCUUCAGGGACCCAGAGACUCCCACACCUGCACUCGAUGUGGAAGAGUUCAGUGGCAUGGGACCCACAUACAACCUGUCCUACGACAAGCUUGUGGGAGGUAGCACCUGGUCCCCCUGUCUUUCUCCUGUAGGCACCUUCUCUCUCUGCAUCGAGGUUCUUCUGUUGCUGUACAGCGUUCUCCACGUUCGCCUCUAUGCUUCUGUCGUGCUCGGGUUUCUCUACUCUGUCUUUUUUGAGAGUUUGGGCUGGCUGCACCUGACACAGGAAGGAGAUAACUGGACUUUAGCCUCUCAAUCAGACUGGGAUACUUUAAGUUGGCUGGGCCCAGCCAAAGCUCUGCUCCAUCUCUGUGCCCACGCCAUAGGCAUCCACCUAUUCAUCAUGUCUGAGGUGCGCUCACGCAGCACCUUCCUUAAGGUGGGACAAGCUAUCAUGCAUGGCAAAGAUCUGGAGGUGGAGAAAGCCCUGAAGGAGCGAAUGAUCCACUCUGUCAUGCCCAGAAUCGUAGCUGAUGAACUCAUGAAGCAGGGUGAUGAGGAGAUAGGUGAUAAUUCUGUUAAACGAUACUCCACAAGUGGUGCAGCAGCCGUCAUCUCCAGCCCUAAAAACAAUAAACGCAAGAAAACCUCCAUCCCUCGAGGCCAGAUCAUCUUCAGACCCUUCAACAUGAAACGGAUGGAGCCCGUCAGCAUCCUCUUUGCAGACAUCGUAGGCUUCACAAAAAUGUCUGCCAACAAAUCUGCUCAUGCCCUCGUUGGGCUUUUAAAUGAUUUAUUUGGGCGUUUUGAUCGACUUUGUGAGCUCACCGGCUGUGAAAAGAUCAGCACUCUGGGGGACUGUUACUACUGUGUGGCUGGCUGUCCUGAACCCAGACCAGACCAUGCCUAUUGCUGUGUGGAGAUGGGCCUGGGCAUGAUUCAAGCUAUUGAACAGUUCUGCCAGGAAAAGAGGGAGAUGGUCAACAUGAGGGUGGGUGUCCACACUGGGACUGUACUGUGCGGUAUCCUGGGCAUGAAACGCUUCAAGUUUGAUGUUUGGUCAAAUGAUGUCAACCUGGCCAACCUAAUGGAGCAGCUGGGCGUGGCUGGGAAGGUCCACCUAUCACAGGCCACUGCCAACUUCCUGGAUGACCGCUACCAGCAUGAAAGCGGACAAGUCAUUGAGAGAAUAGGACAGAGUGUGGUGGCUGACCAGCUCAAAGGCCUGAAGACCUACCUGAUCUCUGGCAGGAAGGUGGAGCCUCACUCUCACUGUAGCUGCUCUCAGUUGGGGUUGGCUGGGGAUGAGCAUGCAGAUCCCCGGUGCCCUGCGUCCAGGGUGCACACACCUGAUGAAGCUCCUUCAGCAUGUACUCUGCCUCCUGACAGUGUUAAGGCUCUUGAUCUUGAUCUCUGCCAUCUUUUCAUGUUUUUCUCUGCUCAUGUGCUUUCCUUGAUCUGUGCCUCUCAAUUUAUUCAUUAUCUGUCUUCUUUCCUGCUCCCAUAUGCUGCAUCUCCCUCCAUACUGCCCCCUCCAACCUCUACCUCCCUGCAGUCUCCUUGUCUAUCCUGCAGUGUGGUCCUAAUACCAGGGGAGGAUCAGGUUCUGGAGGAAGGAGCGGUGCACAAUGGCUGCCAUGAUGACCACAAGACCAACAGCAGCAAGGAUUCUUCAAAUCUGAAGUGUUCCCCAGCGGUUUCUGCAGGGCGUGGCCCCAAGGCUCUGAACGGCCUGCUCAGUCCUCAGCUGGAAGCCUUGAACAACAGCCAGACAUCACUGUGUGAGAUGCUGCAGGAGAAGGAGAAGAAGACGUGGAGUGGAGGAGCCAUGGGCAUGGACCACUCAGCGCUCAUCCCUCUACGUUCCAAGAACUUCAGGGAGAGGAGUGAUGCUCACUUUGUGGAUGUAAUCAAAGAGGACAGCCUUAUGAAGGACUAUUUUUACAAACCUCCCAUAAACAAGCUGAGUCUCACCUUCCUGGAGCGGAGCCUGGAGUCUGCCUACCGGAUAAGCUACCAGGAGGAGGUGGAAACACAGGCGAUGGUGCAGACUUUUGCCAGUCCAACUUUCAGCUCUUUCCUGGACAUGCUGCUGUGCUGUUUAGUGUUUCUGGCUCUCUCACUGGCCUGUUUCCUUCGACCGCUUGUUUCCCAGCAGAGUCUGUCCACACCAGCACUCAUACUGACAGGUGUAGCUACCCUGUUGGAGGCUGUUGCUCUGCUGAUUGCUAUACGUAUGGCUUUCUACCUGCACAGUGUGCUGAAUUGCACUCGGCUGCUGAUGACAGCAAUUUCAGGCUGGAUAGCACGUCACUUUAUAGGUGCCUUCCUGGUGUCUCUGCCCACUGUGGCUGUCUUCUCCCAUGUCACCUGUGACAUGCAUCUCUCCAUCCAGUUCACCAUGUUCAUCUGCUGUGCUGUCAUCAUAGCUAUCAUUCAGUACUGUAACUUCUGCCAACUCAGCUACUGGAUGCGCUCAGCUCUAGCCACUUUUGUGGGACUAGCGCUGCUUGCCUUGCUGUUCAGCACCCCCUGCAGUGUUGCUAAGAGUCUGUUUUUCUGGUCGGAUGGUCAGAACACUAACAGCAGCAGCAACAGCUCAAUGUCUGAUAGCCCAGCAGACCCAGACCCACAGCUCAACCCACAGGACCUGCUGGGCCCUGAGGCCUGUGUGGCCUUUUUCCUGCUCCUUCUCCUAGUCUGGUUCCUUAACCGCGAAUUUGAGGUCAGUCACCGCCUGCAUUACCAUGGCAACGUAGAGGCUGAUAAACACCGCAUCAAGAUCCAGAACAUGAGGGACCAGGCUGACUGGCUGCUUCGCAAUAUCAUCCCCAUCCAUGUGGCAGAGCAGCUGAAGGUCACACAGAGCUACUCCAAGAACCACGACAAUGUGGGUGUAAUAUUUGCCAGUAUUGUUAACUUCAGUGAGUUUUAUGAGGAAAGCUACGAGGGAGGCAAGGAGUGCUAUCGUGUUCUCAACGAGCUAAUUGGAGACUUUGAUGAGCUGUUACGGAAGCCUGCCUUCUCAAAUAUUGAGAAGAUCAAGACCAUCGGCGCCACGUACAUGGCAGCAGCAGGACUCAACGCGCAGCAGUGUGCAGAUGCAGCGCAUCCUCACGCCCACCUCCGCGCUCUUUUCGAAUUUGCCCUGGAAAUGAUGCACGUGGUGGACGACUUCAACAAGAACAUGCUGGGCUUUGGCUUCAAGCUACGCAUCGGAUUCAAUCAUGGCCCUCUGACAGCAGGGGUGAUUGGCACCACGAAGCUUCUCUACGAUAUCUGGGGUGACACAGUCAACAUCGCCAGCCGCAUGGAUACUACAGGCGUGGAGUGCCGUGUCCAGGUCAGCGAGGAGAGCUACUGUGUGCUCAGUGGCAUGGAUUAUGAGUUUGAUUACCGUGGCACAGUAAAUGUCAAAGGCAAAGGUCAGAUGAAGACCUUCCUUUACCCUAAGAGCAGUGACAGUGGCCCUGUGCCUCAGUACCAACUCUCAGUCUCACCAGAGAUCCGGGCACAGGUGGAUGGUAGCAUUGGUCGCUCACCUACUGAUGAAAUUGCCAGCAUGGUGCCCGCAACCAGCAUAAAUGCAAGCAGUACCAAUAUUAUGGUACCCAGUGCCAGUGCUGGUUCCUCUACAGGGCUUAGCCAUGACAAAGAGGCAGACAGCCGUGAAAGACGUCCCUCUUCAGACACCUCUCAUGCCAGGCGAUCUACGUCUCACGGUGGCAUGACAUCUAUGCCCGUUACUAACCGAGAAGGACCUCUUCCUUCUGCAAAUAACAAACAGUUCAUCAUCUCAUCCUCGGCCAAGCAAAAUAUUCCCCAAAAUUCCACAACAGUGUCCCAGAAAGACAUCAAGAAGGACAAAUGUGAGGAUGAUUGUGACAGUAAUGUUGGAGAGUUAACCAGACUUUAAGGAUCUGUUACAAUGGCACUUUUAUCAUAAAUCCUUUACCCUUUAAGCUCUUGUUCCUGCCAGCUGGCAUUUGUAGAAUUGGUGUACGUUUGGUCCUACCGCAGGUGGAAUAAGAGAGAAAGACCCACAGGCCUCUUCUCUGCUUCAGCCAGGCAGCAGGUUGUUUUUGGUGUGAAUCUGAUUGGCUGAUGAUAUCAGUGGAGGGUGCUGGCUGGACCGUAAAGUGAGUGUCAGGCAGGAACUCACAGAGGAAAUGGGAAGAUAAGAUGGCUGUCUCUGAACUUUUUCUUGCCUGCUACAGAUACCAUCGUCUCCCAUUAAUUUACUUGAUUAUCUGUACACCUUUAAUCUCAAUUCUUUCUUUUCAUAUGUUGUUUAAGUGCCUUUAGAAUAGAAUAUUAUAUUAUAUGUGUAGACUAAGCCUUUUUGAGCAAGGGAAAAAUAACAUAAAGGGAAAACUGUAAAUAAGCAAACUUUUUGGAGAAAUUGCUUAACUUUUGUUACAAUUUUAUUUUGUAAACUAUGUUUUGCUAUGAUAUUUUGCCUUUUAUCAAAGAAGAGCUCAACAAGCGGACCUUACAUCAGCGCUACAACAUGAGGAGAAUCUGUGUCAAGUGAAGGGAAAUAAGAUGUUACUCCAAGCUAUGUGUUAUUAAAAUCUGUACUAGAACUCAGUGGAGCCUGUUUCCGUGUUCUUAAUGAAAAGAAGAAAGCUCCUCAUGAAAGUCACAGCAGAGACUAAUCAAUACAGGCUAAGGGCAGACGAAGCCCAGCUGCUUGUCGUGUGAGUGCAUCUACAUGCAUACAGUGUGCGUGUGUGAGCGUGUGUUUGUACACAUCUGUGUAGUAACAAGAUCAUGCAGGCCUUAAGGAGGAGAGGUGCCGAUGAGUUACUUGACUGAGUUCUUGAAACUGCAGGAUGACAAACAGUUUAGGAACGUAGUUGAAAAAAAAAAUCUUGGUUGCUGAUGUGGCAGCUUUUUUUCUGGCCUUGGUUAAGAUCUUUGUAUUGCCUCAGUAUUGAGGCACGAGGGUCUCAGCUACACUUAAUCAGCAUGCUUGCAAAAACAGCAUCAUAGAUGAGGCUAACUGUUAGUAGUGUUUGUGUUUUCCCCUCAAGAUCCAGAUCCAGGGUUAAGUGAGUAUUUCAGUGCAUCCUACAAGGCACUGCUGUACCUGUAGAGUGUCUUUAGCUGUGACUGUAGAUUGCUUAGAGAGAACAACUGCCUAGGUUUGCUAUGGAUUACACUGUGUAUUAGUUGAUAGUGCUUUUAAGACAUGGAUAAUCAAAAGUGGAAUGUCACAAAUCAAAUGUGUUUUAUUGUAUUUAUUGUUACACAAAACUUGAACUGUUCACGUGAAGCUCCCUUGUCUAAUUUCUAUUAUUUGAAAGACAUUUCUGGAUGGAAACAGCUGGACGCUUAAGCUGCUUCAUACUUUUCAAUGGCAUGCCACUUAAUGUAAUAGCAGUGUAAAAGCAAAGGCAGUGCUCCAAAUGUAUUAUAUAUUAAUCCUUAGGUGUUUUUACUCUUUCUUUUUGACUUCAUUGAUUUCACGCUAUUGUGUUAGAUUAUUAAGAAAAUCAAACUGAUUAAACUGUACAUCUCUCUUGC